UAUUUUAUAUUGCUAAACGUACUUUCAUAGAUAAACAGAUUAGAUGUAAAAUUCGAAAGUAAUUUCUUAAAGAAAUGCACUGAUUCUAAUUUUGUAAUUAUUUUUAUUUUUUGUUACACGUUCUUAUUAAUUCUUAUUUAUGACUUUCAGUUUAAAUACCACAUUUUCUAUGGCCCUUAUUCUCGUCGUCAUAUUCACAUAUUUCAAAAGUAUAAAAUUUGUACAAUUAAUAAAUACUUUUUAAUUAAUCUAUCUUUAGAGAAGUAUAAUCUGCUAUAUGAUUUUUUCCUGUUUUUAACAGAUGUACUACUACUUUUAUUAUAUAUAAAAAUUUCUAUCAUAGAGUAAUUCGAUCUCUUAGAUUAUACAUAAGAGGUAUAUAACUUACGUAAGCUUAUAUAUAUAAUAGAUGCAUAGUUGGGAUAGUAUUUCGCUAUUGCACUUUUAGUUCAUACUUUGUCCACACUUGUCGCUGAAGUCGCAUAUAGGUGUGAAGAGUUUUAAGAACUCUUCCAUGCCAUAUAAGGGGGUGAUACAAUAGUAAUACAAUAUUAUCAAUUGAUGUGUAAAAUAUAUCAUUUUUCAACUAGUUGGAAAUAGUUAAUAGUUUAUUUUUUUAAUAAUUACGUUAUUUAUGAUUAUCUAUAUAAUAACAUUUUUAUAAAUGACUGAACUGUGAAGAAUAUUAAUAGUACACAUGUCAUAUAACCUCAAAUUCUCGAAGCAACAUUACGAAGAUGAUCUCGCUUCAAACAUUAACAAAAAUUGCUAGUGUUACUGGUUUUAUAACAGCUGGAACAGGAUAUGCAUUUCGCUUCAAAAUACAGAAUGAUUUUCGUGAAACUAAACUAUAUAAAGAUGGAAUGCAAUAUUUAUACAAUCAUCCAAAAGCAGUAGAUUUAUUAGGAAGUCCAAUAAAAGAAAAAAGAGUGAAUAUAAGUGAUGAUGAAAAAAAUGGAACAAAGGAAAAUAUUACUUGGUUUACAGUUCCUGUCAUAGGAUCUCAAAAAUGUGGAGAAUUACGUAUCGAAGCUAAUAUAGUUAAGAAUGCUGAGAAAGAAUUGGUUGCGAAUAUUUAUAAGGUAGAACUAACGAUUAAAGAAAUACCUGGUAAAGUGUUUGUGAUCAAAGAUGAUAGUGCAUCAAUAACAAAUAUAUCGUAAUUAGAUUUGUAAUAUAUUAAUUAUAAAAAAUUAUUCUAAUGUAAUUAAUAUUCGUUUAUAUAAAAAAAGACAAGUGUAUUUAAAUUAAAAUACAGAUUUAUUUCCAUGUUAUCUAAAUGUUUGUAAUGGCAUAUCAGUAAUGCCUUUAGGAACUUUCAAACCACGUCUACUAUAUCCUAAAGCAGCUUGUAUAAUGUAUAUUGCAGCUUCUAUAGUUAAUUUAACAUCUCGUUGAUCGCCGAUAUAAGGAUUUACUUCUACUAUAUCAAUAGCAUUUAAUCUACGAGUUCUAUGGAUUUCUUCCAUUAUAUGAAUUGCUUCUCGAAGAGUUAAUCCACCACGUACUGUAAAAGACAAGAUAAUAUUUAUGUGCAAUAUAAUUUAUCAAAUUUUAAUUAAAGUAUGAAAAUUACAAAUUGUAUACCUGCAGUUCCUGUACUUGGAGCUUCCAGAGGAUCUAGAGAAUCAAUAUCAAAACUAACAUGCAAUGAUUUUAACCCUUCAGGAUCAAUUCUAUCUAAUGCCAUAGAAAUUGUAUUAUGAAUACCUAAAAUGAUUAGUUUAUAAUAAAAGUAAAGAUCAAGAUGUUCAAGUUAGAAAAUAAAGAUUACCAAAUCUUUCAACAUCUUCCAUUCCAAAAGCAGAAAUACCAAAUUUUUCGAUAACUAAUCUCUCGUAACUAUCUACAGAUCUUAAUCCAAUGUAAGCCACAUUUCUGAUAGAUAGCCUAUAAAUGAAUACACACAUUAUAUAAUACUGCUUGUUUCAUAUACUGUUGUCGAAAUAAAUUCGUACUUAUUUAAUUUUUAAAUAAUAUAAAAACCUACAUUGGUUUCUGCCAAUCCAUUCCAGGUAAAUGUGGCCAGUAAUCAGAAAGUUCAGUCGUUAAUAAUGCUACAGGCAUUCCAUGAACAUUUCCACUUUCACUAGUCUUAUUAGUAUUUAAAUCAGCGUGCGCAUCAACCCAAAGUACUGCAACAUCUUUCAUUGCCUAUGUAGAAAGUGAAUUUAAUAUCUAUUAUAUAUUACUGGUAGAAAAUAAAUUGUUUUUUUAAAGCAUA